AUGUUGCGGUUAUUGGUCCCUCUGUGUCUGGUGGUCAGUGUUGUCCGUGGCCACUCGUGGCUGGUUUGUACUGACUACCUGGAGGAGAACGGGCACUACUACAAGCCGGACAUAUGCAGAGCUUACCCAAGAGCGGCCAACAGAUAUGCUGCAAAAGAUCUGCAUAUUACGAAGAACCACGGCGCUGACUUGGAGUGCACCAACCCAUGGAUACCAGACAACGCCAACAAAAUCUUCUUCUCCAGCGGCAACACCGACCCGGCCCUCUCAGUUCUCAGGAAGAACCUGUUGGUAGAUCUGGGCGUGUCCCCCGUGGGUCAGGGGGCGGACACACAGACUUACCCCAAGCAGGGCUACCAGAACGCCCCCAAGUUCUGCGAGGGCACAGAUAAAGCGAUGGGGACAUUUGCAUUUGAUUUCCCUAAGAUGCCAGCAGGGCGUUACACCUUCGUGUGGGAGUGGGAGUUUAACAAGAAUUCCUUCUACACUAGUUGUUGGGAGGCAGAUGUGGUUGACACCAAGAGCGAAAGGGACGCCAUAUUGAGGCAAAGAGGACUUUCCACCAAUGACCCAAGCAACCUGGCUGGAGUGAAGGUCCCUGUGUCCGGGUAUGGGCAGUACAAACCCCCAACUGGAACACAGGCCCCUGUCACCCCAAGGCCAGUAGACCCCUCUAAACCAGCUGUCACUGUGGUUACUGGGAAACCCCUCCUCCCGGCAAUAGAUGGCGCUUGGGGGCCUUGGAAAGCCUGGGGCAAAUGCUCGGCCACCUGCGGAACUGGAACUGAACGCCGCGUUCGUUUCUGUGACAGCCCCGCCCCUCAGAACGGUGGCAGCAUGUGUGUCGGCAGUGACGAGGAGACGCGACCCUGUGACGCCGGCGUCUGUCCCCAAACUUCUCUUACAGAUUUGCAGGUAAAUAUUCCCUCUAGCUGGGACACUGGUACCAAUGGCCUCAUCAUGCUACCAAACCCCAAACCGACUGGAAACUGGAAAGUGAUCCUUAAACUGCCCUGUGAUGUCCAGAACCUUAACGUCUGGCAUGGAAAUGACGUCACCACGGCCGAGCACCGUGCUAGAGGAGUGUUUGCUAUUAACCAGAGCGGAUGGAUGCUGGACAAACCCGAUAUUGGCUUCACUGCCUUCUACAGCGGCACUUGUCAGAUGAAGGGCAUUAAGGCAUCAAUUGAGUCCUAGGAUGGAUAUUGUUAUUUCCCUUUUUGUUGAAAUUUACCUUCAAAAUUGGUAAAUUUUGUUUUUCACUACAUGUAUUCCUGAUUUUACGUCAUCAUACAAUGCAGAAUAAAUUUGAAUACAUCUUC